AGUAGACUUGACCUCUCGGGCACCCCCGACGCCAUGUCGAUGGAAGCACCCGACUCCCAGUCCGCGUGGACGUUCGCCCGGUCCAGAGCUGCCACACAGCUCUUGUCGAGCCUGGCUCGCAAGGAUGCGGAGCAGGCGGAGCAGGUGCUCCGGAGCUUGGACACGCAAAACACGGAGGCGAACGCGUUCCACUUCAGCUCCGUGAUGUCUGGCUACGAGAAGAGCUGCCGGUGGCGGAGCGCGCUGCGCGUGGCGGAGCGCAUGCAACAGCUCCAGGUGCCGCCGGACGCCGCCUGCCGCCACGUGCAGCUGGGCGCCUUGGCGCGAGGCGCCCACUGGCGACGCAGCGUGGCGGAGCAUCUGCCGACGCAGCGGGGUUCCAAUGCCCUGCUGUUGGCGCUGGAGCGUGCCAAGCCAGAGCUGGCGAUGGGCGUGUUGAGGGAGAUGCCGGAGUGGCAGGUGUCUCCAAACCAAAAUAGCUUCAGCAGCUGCCUCCGCGCGGUGGGGCGGCAGCGGCGGUGGCAUCAGGCGCUCGACCUUCUGCAGGAGAUGCAGGCCUCGGCGCUGCUGGUGUCCUUGGUGGCGCUGAGCUGCGCCUGCGCCGCGCUGGAAUCGUGGGCCUGGGCGCUGCGGCUGGCUGAGGGCAACUGCCUGGACGCCAUGGCAGUCUGCGACAUACUGGGCACCUUCCAGGAGCAGAACCUUUGGCAAGGUGCUUGUGCUUUCCUUCGCCAGAUGUCCGCGAGUGAGGUGCAGACAGACGCCUAUGCCCUGAACGCGGCGGCCUCGUGCGCGCUGUCGGCCUGGCAGGAGGCCAUGGCCAUGUCGAGUCAGCCAGACGAGGUGGGCGCGGGCGCCUUGGCGCGCGCCUGCGGCGAGUCCGGAAAUUGGGAGGCCUCCUUCCAGCUGCUGCAAAGCCUCGGCUGGAGGAGGUUGGCGGCGACCCAGAUCACGCUGAAUGCCGCCACAUCGGCCGCUCAGCAGGGCAGCCAGUGGCGCUGGGCUUUGCUGCGUGACUUGAGCGCGGUGGAUGCGCGGAACGCCGCGUGCGGCGCCUGCGGUGCAGGUGGAGCUUGGCGCAGCGCGCUGCACCUGUGCCGCGGAGCAGGGCCGCCGGGCUGCGGCGCCGCGCUGGCCGCCUGCGCGCGCGCGGGGCGCUGGUGCCAGGCGCAGCGGCUCCUGGGCGCCGUGGCGGACGGCACUGCCUGGGCGCAGCUGGCGACCCACGCGGGCGCGGGCGGCCUCGAGUGA